AUGGUAGGCCAUCAAAUCAUCUUUGUUAUCCGAAAUCCCCUAGCCGACAUGUACAAGCUCUACGGGCUUCUCGCUUAUAGUUUUCAAGUUUUCAUAAUCUUCUUGUGCGUUCUCUUCGUUCCAGUUCAAUUCAUCUACCGUUACCGAGUGGUGACUUCUUCCGACACAUCGUUGAAGACCAUCUUACUUCCUCUGCUAUUGGCUUCGUCAUAUCUGGUGGUGCAUUGCAGUUUAUUACCUUAUACAUUCCAAAGAACAUCGCCCAAAUACGACAAAUUGUUGAUUGAUAAUGGUUUCGAACAAUACGCCGACCGUAAUUAUUACGUUGGAGACGUGGUAAGGGUAUUGGUUAUUAGAGUAGACUGCCUUCCUUCCCAAUCUACAUUACGAGUUCUAGGAGGCGAAUAUCUGGUUAAUCCCACACCUUGGAAGCUGCAACCUAACCGUCCUUUUAAGUUACGUCCUUACCUACUUUUACUACAAAAGAACGCAGCGAUAUCUACAACGCUUUGACGCAAAUGUGACAAAAGCCACCCUCAGAGCUCAGAGACAAAUGGGAAGAAUCUUGAUGCUACAGGUAAAAAGGAUGUAUCAUCCGAACCAAGCAAUAAUUUAGGCACUAUACCCAACAGUUGUGUUUGGACUUCCUUGUCUGAUCGCUGCAACGUCACCAAUCAUCGGAGUCGCCUCCAAAUGGUUGGGAAACAUCCUGGUUGUCGCGGUGCAUGCAUUGCCGACGUUAAAUGCGCUAUCAGUAAUUAUAUGCGUUCCUUCGUAUCGCGGGAUUACAAAACGUUUAUUGCUGACUAUUCUAAGAUGCAGCGGGAAAGACCUGGAAAAAGACGAAUCAAAGUUUCAGUCAACGAUCGAGAGCGCUAGCAAAACUGUUAUUUAA